AUGCAGAAACGCCAUUCGGGCUCCUCCCACACAACAACCGAUUUGACCUCGUUCCCCUCGCUUUCACCCCCAGACAAAUCUUCAACCCUCGCCUGUGGCCUGACAAAUACAUUGUUCUCCGGUGAAGAUGGAGAGGAACCGAAUGGAGGCAGGACUGGCCGGGGGCGGAAGGCUACGCUAGCAAAUUUGACGACUGGACCGUCGCACAAAUCAGGCCGAGCUGCCCUCUUUGCCGAUUCGGUCCCCACACAUGAUAUCCCAGGUGCCCUGCAUUUGGCCGAUGAUGCGCACAUUGAGCGGCUGGUUGCUGGAACAGGAGCCGUGAAAAUGGUGAGGCAGUUCGCUCGCGAUCUGGCUCAACGGGAUGCUGAGAUCUCGGCCCUACGCCAACGUGCUGAUGCAAGGGAGCGAGAGCUGAAGAGAAUGUUACGAGAUGUGUCUGUGUCCAACCAAGACAUUGAACGUCGUCUAUAUCAGUUAGAGAAUCCGCCGGGCGAUCGUGUUUCGGAUGCAGAAAGCACUCAUAGCAGCGAUCAUGCUGGUCAAACCUAUUCUGGCCUAAAUGGAUUGAUGUCUCAAGCUAUGGAAGACACCGUGGGUUCUCGGCCUUACGGUGACUCAGCAGAAGCCCAGGCUACAAUUCGUGCCCAGCGGUCAGACAAUGAUCCCCGCGGCAGCGGAACCACUGACAACCGGAAGCGUCAAAGCUCGAUUCGGGGCUGGCAGGACAUUAUGAGUGACGUUGGUGAACUUGGAGAAGAAGAGGCGGAGCGUCUCCGAGUGCCCAGCAAUCCUGCAAUGCGACGCAAAGCGAUUGAUGAGCAGCUAUUCCAGCCCCCGGAUGGGCCAGCACAGAACGGACCGGCGAAGCGCAUUGCUAGCACGUCCACAAAUGGUGACGAUGCAAGUAUUCAUUCUCGCAAAUCUUCAAGAUCCCUCGGCUCUUGGACUGUUAAGUUAUUUGCUGGCAAUCCUCAGUCGACCAAAGAAGCAAGUGAUGCCGAGUCUGCCCAGAAUAGACCCCAACCCAAAAGGCCAGACGGAGACAAAAGUGCUUCUUCUACACUGUCUGGCCAUUCUAAGGGUUCAAUGUCGGCAGUGGCCGCACUAAAGAGAAUCAACAGCAAUGCCAGUAUGCCUCCUACUGGACGAUCUGCCAGUGGAUCGAGCGUUCAGGGCAAAAUGAACCCUCCUGCCUCGCGACGAACUGCAGCCGGUAGCGUGUCCCAGGGCGCCGCAUCGGAGACUACGGAUAGAGGCGAUAGAGGCUCCACAAGUCUUGGACCUGUCGAGAUGGACGCCAUUUUGCCCAUGGAAUUGAAGCCUCCGACGCUCACGCCUAUUUAUAACAAUUCACAAGCGGGUGAGUUUCUCACCGACCGGUUUGGUUUCAUCUAUGAUCAACAUAGAAAGAAGCGCCAGAGAGAAGCCAAUGUUACCAAGAGCAGCAUCCACCGUUUGAGUAUGACCGAAACUCUUGGUACUCUUCGAACCGAUGCGUCAGAUCAUGAGGAUGACCCCGAAAUCACAAAACUUCGGCAAGGGCCUUCCGACGGCUCGCGUUCUCUGCCUGGUUCACCAGAUGAUCUUGACAGUGGGGCUGUUGCUAUCCGUCGCUGGCAGGACUAUCUAAGGAUCCCAUCCCGUCCCACGGAGCUAUUGUCCCACACGCCCUCCGCAGGCCCGAUUAUCUCUUUGACCACCGCAGGAGAAAAUCGCUCUCAUAGCUCGUCUGUUUCAUAUGACAAAGACGGAGCGUUGGCCGUUGGCGCCAGCGCUCAACCAUCGGCGUCUACCUCGGCUAUCACGGCCGACAGCCCUGAAUUCGCUGGCUUGUCAUCGGAUCAGCUCAAAGACACAGCUGCCAGAUUCACUGUCGCAGAGAUGGAACCCGUAAAACUGUUAUUGGAACAGUUGACCGAUCUCCAUGAUACCCUGCAACGCGACCGAACCGUGAGAUGGAACGAGUUCCUUCGCAAAGUGCGUGCUGAACGCCGAAAGGAGGGCGAAGCGGCAGCCGCUGCAGCAACUUCUGAUCGAUCCCUUGCUGCCGUUGACACCCCAGAAGUCUCACUCGCCGACGGCGAAGUUGUAGGCAUCGCGGGUCUGGGUAACAAAGGCAAGGUUGGCCGAGCGAAGUGGCGAGAAUUCCGGAUGCUCGUCCUUGGCGGCAUCCCAGUUGCCCUUCGCGCCAAAACAUGGUCGGAAUGCAGCGGGGCUUCGGCAAUGCGAAUUCCUGGCUACUAUGAUGACCUCGUGCAUGGUGUUGGCGGGUCGGACCCCGACCCUUCCGUCGUCGCACAAAUCGACAUGGAUAUACGCCGCACUCUUACCGAUAAUGUCUUCUUCCGCAAAGGACCUGGUGUCGGCAAGCUGAAAGAGGUUCUGCUUGCCUACUCGCGCCGUAACCCAGAAGUAGGCUACUGUCAGGGCAUGAACCUCAUCGCAGGGUCUUUGCUGCUCAUCAUGCCCACUGCCGAGGAUGCGUUUUGGAUUCUGACUUCGAUGAUCGAGAUUAUCUUGCCCCAGCACUACUAUGACCAUGGCUUGCUUGCCUCCCGUGCCGAUCAGGUAGUCUUGCGCCAGUACAUCUCAGAGCUACUCCCCAAACUCUCGGCCCAUUUAGAGGAACUGGGGAUUGAACUAGAGGCACUCACCUUCCAAUGGUUCCUCUCUGUCUUUACAGACUGUCUCUCCGCGGAGGCACUGUAUCGCGUAUGGGAUGUGGUUCUAUGUCUCAAUGUGACCAGCGCAGUCAAUGCCUCCGGGUCAAAUGCCUCUGGUACUAAAGAGAGCAAUGACAAGACUACCAAGGUUGACGAAAACCAUACCUCUGGCAGCGGAGGCGGAAGCACAUUCCUGUUCCAAGUUGCUCUUGCACUUCUCAAGCUCAACGAGCAGCAGUUGUUGACUACCUGCUCGACGCCGGCCGCACUCUAUACAUACAUCAACCACCAAAUGACCAAUCAUGCGAUCAGUAUCGACGGCCUGAUUCAAGCCAGUGAAGCACUGCGCAAUGUAGUCCGCCGCGAAGAUGUCGUUGCACGCCGUGCUGUUGCCCUGCAAGAAAUGCGCGAAUUGAGCAGCAGUGCAGGCAUCUAG